UUACAUUAGUAUUGUUGUUGUUACCGCGAGAAAACGUCAAAGCCAAAAGCGCGUCAUUCCACUCAGUCCCGUCUCGACGCGCGAACGAGUGCCGACAUCGUCCGCUGUACCGUUCACCGCAUCGUUGCAUUAUUAUUUUUAUUAUAUUUGUUUCCACGUUCAUCGUCUCAUCACAYGAGUAAACACAAUAUCAAUAUUAUAUCCACAUAAAUAUUACCGUUUUUUAUAUAUACACACAACCACCGUUUAUCCAUCCACACGCGCUGUACCGACAUGCAGUCCAAAGCGCGUCUGCUCGAAGAGGAAUUUUCCGAACGUGGMAAAAUUCCUGGCGUUAGAUACCUGCAGAGUUUUUUAUUAUUUCUAUGCCUUUUCGCAGCUUACCUGUUGCGUGUUAGCAUAUCUGUCGCAAUAGUGGCUAUGACGCCUGACAAGAAUUCUACUGACUUCUUACUCGAAACGCAUUUCCACAUUCCUGUAUUUGAUUGGACACAAUACACGAAGAGUUUGAUCCUAAGUGCCUUCUUCUGGGGCUAUCUCAUCAUGAACCUUCCAGCAGCCAUGAUCGGUCGUCGAUACAACAAUCAAAAGUUACUAGCCAUGAGUAUGUUGUUGACCGUAACUCUCAGUCUAGUCACACCAUCAUUAGUGAUUGCUUUCGCGUUCACUAUGCCAAUGAUACAUGGCAUCAGCGCCAAGUGGGCUCCACCGAAUGAACGUGGUCGUCUCGUUGGAUUUGUAUUGGGAGGUAAAUCAUUUUUUCGUAAAACACCGUACCCUCCAUCACGUUAUUUUUGUUGUUUGAGUAUAGGGAUGAGUGGUGGUGCUUUGGGUCUCGUAGUCCUAGGCUACAUGGGUGAAGACGCAAAUGCAGCUAUAUGUAUGUACGUGUUCGUAGUAGCCAUCGGCUGCUGUACGAAUGUGGGUUUCAACAUUAACCAUCUCGAUUUGGCACCCAAUUACGCAGGGAUUUUGAUGGGCUUCACAAACGCCGUGGCGGCCCUGGGUGGAGUGUUGGCACCCACCGUUUGUGGGUUCAUUGUACAGGAUCAAACUUCGGUGGAUGAGUGGAGGGUGGUUUUCACGCUGGGAGCAGUCAUACUUUUCUUCUCAAGUAUCUUUUACAUCAUUUUCGGAUCUGCGGAGGUUCAACCGUGGAAUGAACCUAAAAAUGAAAGUGUCGGUGUUCGGAGUUUCAUACAGAUGAAAACGGAUUAUGGUUCCUCAGCAGGAUAUACGUCUUCGCCAUCAUCGUUUGUUAAAGUCACGUCAAAGUAUACCAUGUUUGUACGACAAUAACCAAACACAUUUUUUUGURUCGAAUAACGUCGUGCUGUUGCUAACUUUUUUUUCAAAUACAAUGAUCGACAUUAAUAGUUAUUUAUACACUCUGUUGUUACUAUAUUAUUUUUAA